UGAUGGACUGCACAAAUGCAUAAUAAUUUUUUUCUCUUAAAUAUUGAGUGUGAUGGGUGAGCUUGGAGAGAGGACUCUGAAAGGGUGGAGACAAACCAUCUCUUCAAACAGCCGUACAGAAGGAGACAGACGCGCAGAAUACGCACAGAAGCUCCAGCUUUUGGGCACUUAUAUGUACUAAAACAGUAUCUCAAGAGACUAAGGAAGCAUCGGCAAACCGAAUGAAAAGCAAAGCAGAUGACAACGAGGCGACAACUGAGACCCGAGGGAAGCUUUGACAACUUUAAACGAUUUGGAUAUGAAGUAGAGCGCUGCGUAAAACCUUGCGUAAUCGUGCGCAGAUCAUAAUAAGAAGACAACUUUUCAUAGUUUUUCUUUUCAAGCAAAAAGUUUUUAAAGAUGAACACCUCGGAUAUUCUUUGCGAUUCCGAAUUUGCAAAUUCGUCCAACUCUUCGUGUGUGAACCAAACCGUCCCGUCGUACAGCAUCAUUGACAUCGCGACCUUCAUGCACAUCUUCCCCACUAUCUAUGGCAUUCUGUGCUCGGUUGGAGUUCUGGCUAACGGUUUGGUGAUCUAUGCUGUGGCAUCAUGCAAGAAGAAGAUGGUCUCUGAUAUUUACGUGCUGAAUCUGGCCAUCGCUGAUCUGCUUUUCUUGUUGGUGAUGCCCUUCAACAUCCAUCAGCUUGUCAGGGACAGACAGUGGGUCUUUGGCCACUUCAUGUGUAAAGCUGUGGUGGUGGUGGACGUCAGCAACCAGUUUACCACAGUGGGCAUUGUGACUGUUCUCUGCAUUGACAGGUACAUUGCAAUUGUACAUCCUACAUCUGAAAAGAGGACCAUUCAGUGGACCAUCGUCAUUAACAUUCUGGUGUGGGUGGGCAGCUUCCUUCUGAGCAUCCCAGUUAUGAUAUACGCAAAAGUCAUUUCCAAAAAGAGCAUGGACAUGUGUAUGAUUUACCUGGAUGGGCCUCAGGAUAUGUACUGGUACACGCUCUACCAGUCCACGCUGGGUUUCAUCGUCCCCCUCAUUAUAAUAAGCACAUUUUACACUCUCACCCUAUACCACGUGUUCCGCUCCAUCCGGCGGGUCAAACGCAAGCAGUCGGUGUGGGCCAAACGGGCCACAAAGACAGUCAUAAUGGUGAUCGCCCUGUUCUUAGUCUGCUGGUCUCCCUACCACGUCAUCCAGGUGAUUAACCUCAGCAUCCAACAGCCCACCAGCGCCUUUGUGUACGCGUACAACAUCAGCAUCUGCCUAAGCUACUCUCACAGCUGCAUCAACCCCCUAAUGCUACUAGUGUUCGCCCAAAACUACCGCGAUCGCCUGUGUCAUCGCAAAGAGCUACGCUCCCAGAUCAGCUCAUCCAAAACCACCGUCAAAACCGACGCAGUGUCUAACAUCAGCCCGGACACCAGCCACCGCUGUACCGUCAUUUAACAGUCGUCAAGCCUCGCUGGAUACGCUAACCGAGGAAAACGAAGAGAAAAGUGGAGGCCUGCACUGCAACACUUGCUGCACAAGUGUCAAUCGCAUGGUAGCUUGUUUCUCAAAGGGGAAAUCUGUGAAAUGAAACACCACAGUGAACUUUCAGGAGGCAUGAAGGAAUGAUUCAGCACUCAUUUGUGUUUGUGGUUUGUGUCACAUUCUGGAAAAGUGACUACUGUUUUUAAUGUUUACUGUUAAUUUAUCUGCUGUUUGUUGUGUACUGUUUAUGUAUCUCUGUUGUUUAAAUGGGUCACCCAAAAACCAAAGUUCUGUCAUCAUUUACUAACCAUCUGUAUGAUUUUUGCUACCUUGUCUCAUGAUGAAAACAUACCUGUGGAAACUUUAUCACAAGACGCGAAAUACGUAACAAUGAGUGCAGUUUCCAACAGAAAUUAUCACUUAAAAUUAAGCACCUGUAAUCAUUUUUGUACACAGUUAUGAUUACAGCUCUAUAUGUUUGCAUUUCGAUCAUAACAAGCCUGCUCGGUAGCUCAGCCAGCACAGAGUUGGAUUUAGAAUGCGAAAACCUUGGGUACGAAUCCUGUGAAAAACACACCUCACAAUGAAAGAGCUGAAAGAGAUCAGAAAACAAGCUAAAACGGCAUGCUUGCGAUUGCGUUGUUACGUCACAUUAGCUUUUGUUCAUGUUAUUGGUAGGUUUAGUGCAGGUGGUACGUUAUUUUAAAACAUCACGGAGCAUUAGAGCUAUAGCGCCAUUCGAUGGACACAAAACCAACAACACAUAAAGCGUACCAUAUGUACCGCGAACAAAAACGAUAUUUCACAUAUGUCACGUACAUGGCGCUGGGUAUUUUACGUCUUGUGAAAAAGUUCCCACAGGUACGUUUUUUUAAUCUUGAGGUCAGGCUGCAUUGCCAUACAGUUUGAACAAUUGUAUUUUCUUUCAAGCAAUUACAGUAAAUAGAGUUUUUUUAAGCUCCAAAAAGACAAAGAAAUAUAAUUGUAUCAUUAAAAGAUCAUAAAUGCAGCUUCUGUUGCACUGAAAGUUUUCACCAGUUUCAACUUAAAAACUUAAGUUUAGCAGCUAAAUCAUUAAGAGUUAAAUCAUCUCUACUUUAUUGUAGUGAGUUGAAAUGACGUGUAGUUUUAAGUUGAUUUAAAUUAAAAUUUUAAGGCAGCUGCUAAACUAAAGUUUUUAAGUUGAAACUUGUGAAAACUUUUUACAGUGUGGGCAUUUCAAGUCUUGAAGUU